CGCCAGCACUAGGGGGCGGGCGAGCUCUCCCCGCCUGUGUCUGCAGCUGCGGGGCCGGCAGGGCUGCUCGGUUCCCUGCUUCCCUAUCGCCCUUUGGGCUCUCGCCGAGCCGGGUCGAGUCCGCAGGCGCAGCCGCCGAGCGAGGAGGGCCGGGCAGGCAGCCGGAGCGGAGGCGCAGUGCAGGUGGUUUGUUUAGUGCAGUAGUGCUGUUGACUGACUGACAAGACUAAACAUGAGGGUAGCAGGUGCUGUAAAGUUGGUGGUAGCUGUCUCAAUAUUUCUACUGACAUUUUAUGUCAUAUCUCAAGUAUUUGAAAUAAAAAUGGAUACAAACUUAGGAAGCCUGUUUGCUAGAUCAGCAUUGGAGAUAGCUGCACACCCUACAAAACCACCCAGAUACAAAUGUGGGAUUUCAAAAGCUUGUCCUGAAAAGCACUUUGCCUUCAAAAUGGCAAGUGGAGCAGCCAACGUAGUUGGACCAAAAAUUUGUGUAGAAGAUAAUGUUUUAAUGAGUGGUGUAAAGAAUAAUGUUGGCAGAGGAAUAAAUAUAGCUUUGAUAAAUGGCAAAACAGGAGAAGCAUUGGACACCAAGUUCUUCGACAUGUGGGGAGGAGAUGUGGCACCAUUUAUUGACUUCCUAAAGUCCAUUCAAGAUGGAACUGUAGUGUUAAUGGGAACCUAUGAUGAUGGUGCAACCAAGCUUAAUGAGGAGGCACGGAAACUGAUUGCUGAACUGGGAAGCACGUCUAUUACGAACCUUGGUUUUAGAGACAACUGGGUCUUUUGUGGUGGAAAAGGAAUUAAGACUAAAAGUCCAUUUGAACAGCAUAUAAAGAACAACAAGGAUACAAACAAAUAUGAGGGCUGGCCAGAAGUUGUUGAGAUGGAAGGCUGUAUCCCUCAGAAGCAAGAUUAAAACACAGAUUCCAAACAAAGAAUGUGAGAGAAAAUGCACUUUCUGCUAUUAUAAGGGAGAGGGCUAUGAAGAAGAUACUGUGUAAUGUAAAUAUUUUUAAAGCAUGCAUCCAUCUUGUCGGUGUGCGCAUGAGCAUUGACAGUUUGAAUAUCAGAAUUAUUUAUUGCUAACGUAUCUAGAAAUUGUUUUGUAAAUAGACCCAAAAUAAAAAAGACAGUGAACCAUUUCUAAACAGCGUUCCUCAAAGUGCACCAUUUAGUUUGCCUAUGGUAAAUAAUGAUGUUAGAUCUACUGACGAAGAAAUUAAGUACCCAGUAAAGGAAUGAACUCAUACUGAAGGAUAUUGUACUGUCCUCUAACAAAAUAUAAAUGUUGCUGUGAGUCCUUAACCUUUGUGGAAUAUGUAGAUUUUAGUGAGAAAUUAAAGAGCUUUAAUUUUUUUAGCCUCUGCCUUUUGAUGGCAGCAUCACUUUUUAUUAAAGAUCUAUUUGGUUAGUCUAGUACAAAUGCUUUAGAAUUUUGUUUUGCAGCCCCCCAAAAACCUAAUAAUCAACAAAAUCAGCAUACUUUAUACAAAAGUGUAGAUCAGCCAUGAGAAGCACAAUUACAUUUUUUAUUUAAAAAAAGUAAAUUAUAUAAAUACUUGUACAUGAUAUUUAAAAAAAAAGCUUGAAGAGAUUUGUAUUUAACAUGGAAAUAGUGUUUACUUUGUAGAAGAUACUUGGCUUAAUAACAGUUCUAUGACUUAAUUGUUUUGUUUUUAUUACAAACAAAUAGGCAGGUCUGCCUAUGGCUGUUAAGCAAUAGUUAACUAGCUGAAUGAUAGAGCUGUAUGAUGGAAUGCCGUUCUGUUUUAAUUCUAGUCCUAGGAGCAAGAUUUCCCAGUGAGGAAAGCAUGUUAGAAAAUGGGCUGUAUCCUCAUAGGAAUUUAGUAUAUGUAAUUAUUCACAAUUUCACUACUACCUGUACUAGUUCUAAUGUGAAUCAAGAUACUCAGUCAGUACUUAGGAUGGGAUGUUACAGAGAGCACCACAUUUUAAGAUAUGUAUCAAUUGGUAUUGAAAAAUUAGCUAACACUGUUAUCUUCAUCCCUUUCAGCAAUGGAUUUUAAAAAACUGGACCAAGUUAAAGUGGCCUUAAACCAUAAUUCAUGUAAGAGUAAAUGGAAAACCGAACAUUUUCUGUAGAAAUUAUUUUUUUAAAUCACUUAUUUUUUAGUAGGGCAGGCUUAGAACUUUUUUCUGAAUACAAAGUGAGUACAGUGAAACUGACUAUCCAGGCAUUUACUGUACAGGAACUAGAGCAGAAUUCUAUUUAAUCUCUUGGAGUUCUAUUUACACUGUAUGUUCUAGUAUAAAUGGUCAACAUCUUUGAGCAGUACCAUAAAAAAAAAAGUCAGGAACUGCAAUAUGAAUCACAAAGAGUGCUAUUCAGAAUGCUAUAUAAUCAGUAUCUUCUGAGACCAACUUAAAACAUAAUGCACUAAAAUCUUUAAAGCAAUAUAGGGAAUGAUUACUUUGUUCAGAAUAAUAUCCACCUCUAAUACAGGAAUGAGUAAGACUGGAAUUUGAAUUUUUUUCUCUGUCUAACUAGCCUGCUAUGUAAUGUUUUUCCCUCAACUUUAAUGUAGAACAGCAAUAAAUGCACCUUAUACAGUGAAACCAUUUGUAAAAUAUCAUGCAAAUUUUUAGUUCUUAUUUGAGAGAGAUUACAUCAUACGUGUCAAUACCAUGUAUAUUUUUUUCAUCAAAUAAAGUAAAAAUCCCCUCAAUUCUAUAAA